UGGAUUGUAUUGUUCCGCGCUCCGCUUCCCGGGUUCUUCUACCGGCUUCAGACCUGGUGGGCGCACCCUGAGGCAGAGGCGCCCACUUCUCCUGAGCCCCGAGAAGGUUCUGAGUAGGGGAGGUCUCACCUGAGUCCUUGCAUCGGAGCUGAGAGAGCGGAGGACACCGGUGGAGAGUCCUAGUCCUUGUCCCCGCCGCACCUCGAGCCUUUGCAGGAACGAAGCGCCCCCGCCCCCCACGAUGGCCACUGCCUGGACGAGCCCCGCCAGGACCACGAGCGGACGCUAGAGCGCCGCUCUCUAGCCGAGCGCAGUGCCUCUUUACCCUCGGCCGGCGAUGGGGAGCAGCGGGUCGGCUCUGAGGGUCUGUGCGGACCACCGCGGGGGCAUCAACUGGCUGAGCCUGAGCCCCGACGGGCAGCGCCUGCUGACCGGCAGUGAGGACGGCACGGCCCGCCUGUGGAGCACCGUGGACGGCCAGUGCUGCGCGCUCCUGCAAGGACAUGAGAGCUAUGUGACCUUCUGUCACCUGGAGGAUGAGGCCGCCUUCACCUGCAGUGCCGACUGCACCAUCCGGAGGUGGGACGUGAGGACGGGGCAGUGUCUGCAGGUGUACAGAGGACAUACGUCCAUUGUUAACAGGAUCCUAGUUGCCAACGACCAGCUCUUCAGCAGUUCCUAUGACCGGACAGCUCGUGUGUGGAAUGUGGACAAAGGGCAAGUGUCCCAAGAGUUCCGGGGCCACCGUAACUGUGUACUGACACUCGCCUACUCUGCUCCCAAGGACCUGCCCAGAGAUCCCUGCUUGGAGGCAGCCAUGGGUGGCGGGCUCCUAGUGACUGGCAGCUCGGAUGACACAGCCAAAGUAUGGCAGGUAGCCAGUGGCUGCUGCCACCAGACUCUUCGGGGCCACACAGGUGCAGUGCUGUGCCUGGUGCUGCACGUGUCCAGCCACACAGCCUUCACAGGCAGCACCGAUGCCACCGUUCGCGCUUGGGACAUCCUGAGUGGGGAGCAGCUGCGGGUUUUCCGGGAGCACCAGGGCUCUGUCAUCUGUUUGGAGCUCACAGAUCGGCUCCUGUACUCGGGCAGUGCAGACAGAACUGUCAAGUGCUGGCUAGCUGAUACUGGGGAGAGCGUGCGCACCUUUCCAGCACAUAGACACAGCGUGAGUGCCCUCAAGUACCACGAGGGCACCUUGUUCACAGGCAGUGGGGAUGCCUGCGCCCGGGCCUUUGAUGCCCAGUCAGGAGUGCUGCAGAGGGUGUUCCGAGGCCACACCUUUGUCAUCAACUGUCUCCAGGUGCACGGCCAGGUGCUCUACACAGCUUCUCAUGAUGGUGCUCUGCGCCUCUGGGACGUACGCGGUCUCCAGUCGGUGCCACCUAUGCCACGCAGGCCAGCAGCCAAGCGCAGCCUGUCACGCCUCUUUAGCAACAAGGUGGCCUGUGCAGCCCCAGUGCCCCUACAGCCAGCUUGAGGGGCUGGAGAGGGGACGACUGGACCCGAGGUCUGUGGCAGUGCCCUUAUGACCUUUCCCACUGUUAAGGGAUGGCGCCUCAUCCAUGCUCUGAACCAAGUCCUUGCUACCUGGAUACUUCUAGCCAAGGCAGGGCCUCCAGCUCUGAUAGCUGAACCCCGUGCUGCCAGACUCUCAGCUGGGAGAAAAUGGGGACUUCUUACAAAAGCCAGAGCUAGAUGUUAUACUGGCAAAUUAUGUGCUGCAAGGACCCUCCUGAAGAACUCAAACACACACUCCAAGUGCUC